AUGAGGCCUAUUGAUAUGGAGGAGUGUGUGAACCUUGGAUUGAGGUUUAAUGAUACCAUGGGGGAGACUAGAAAAAGGGAAAGAGAGUUAUGGGACACUAUUCGACGACUCGAGAACCGAGUAGACGUGCUUGAACUUGAAGUGAGAAGGCUCAUACUCGAUAGACAUGGAGAGGAACCUUUCGAGUUGAAAGAGUGGUCAAGUGCACCUCGUUGGGAUCAGUCUGCUGAGGACGAAGGACGGACGCCCACGUCCGAGGAUCAGUCUGCUGAGGACGAAGGACGGACGCCCACGUCCGAUUUCGAGUCUGCUGAGGACGAAGGACGGACGCCCACGUCCGAUUUCGACCCCUUUGAAUCCAAAAGCCUUUGUAUGCACACUCGCUCAAGAGGGAGUGAGGGGUUACUACCACUCAAUCCCGAGAUUUACGCAUUGAACCGAAGGAGAAGGAGGGCUAACCGAGAACAACAAGAACAAGCGGAUCAAGAGGAAGAGAUGGCAACUACGAGUGGAACUAUCCCAAACAUGAACAUAGACGAUUCACCAAGAAGGAGUGAAACGGACACCCCCCGGGAAGAAAAUAGAGGACCACAAUUCAAUGAACAUGAGGCACCUCCUCCACCAAGGGAGGAGGCUCGACAAAGACCACAACCACCCAACCACCCACAAUAUCGACAAGAGAACGAAGAGUAUGAUGAACCAUUACCAAGGAGGAGAUAUACACAAGGAUUUGAGGAGCAAUUUAACAAUCCACUCUAUGACAUGCCACCAAGAAGGGAAGCACCAACUCCUAGACAAAGGAGGGAGGGUUUCUAUCAACCACAAUACGAUGAAGAGUAUUAUGAGCCACCAAGACCGAGGAGGAAUAUCCCUAGGGAUGAGCCAAGAGAGCAAAGAUGGGAAGCUAGAUGA